UGCGGUAUCGUGAAACAGAAAAGCUGCAAAAAGUGUAAUCAGCUCGUGUUGUCAUCAAGCAUUUUUCCAGCCCGAUUUUCGCGUGGAAAAAGCUUAAUGAUAGUCCCAAAUUAUGUAGCAAAAACGACCGCGAACGGAGGCUACCCGCAAAACAGUACGUUUCGCCGGGCUUAUGUUAGGAAUUGUGUUAGUGUCGUAUAAUCCCGCAGCUGCCUAGAAUUUAACGCAUGUAUUCAUGGAAAAGAAGGCGGAAAAAGUAACACAACAACGGGCAGGCAGCCGCAGAACCGGGCGGUGGUGAAGAAAGUGAAUGUGUACAGUACAGCAAAAAAAAAGUGUUGCAACAUAAGAACACACACGCGCAUACAAACUUGUGUAAAAUGUUUUAUUUUUCUGUGUGAUUUUUUGUUAUUCUUGCAUUAAGCAAUAAAGUGAAAUAGUUUUAUUGUCGGGACAGUGCACAACACGGUGUUGUUCUGCGGGGUUAUGUUAGGACGAACCGCUGCCCCCUUCUUAUAUUAGCGAACGGUCCCGUCAGUAAGACUGGAAGCUGGAAGCGCAAGUAUGGAUCCGGAGCAAAUUCUACUCGACGGUAAUGAUUUCGAGGAUGGUUCGGAUUACGGUGAUUACGAGUUCAUACAGGAUCAGGAUGCGUUGUCACUAAAUGCUCCGCUUGAAUCGAUUCUGGACCCCUCGUCAACCGCCCCGAUCUCGUGCCGAUCGUCUCCGAACGAAGAGUCCCUGGCGAUAGCGCAGAAUCUGGAUGAACAGCCUGUUGGUGACAGUGGCAACAGCAGCAACGACAAAGGACCAAUCCGCACCACCUCACAGCCGAAGCUUCAGCAUCAAAAGUUAACGAUCAAAACGAUUAUCCUUAGCGCGGGUUCGUCGUCUGCAUCGUCGGUGGCUGGUGGAUCAUCCGGAACGUCUUUAGCUACGCUCAACAGUGGGACAGCAUCGUCUUCCUCGUCCAACGCGUCAUCACCCGCCUCCUCGUCCCCGUCGUCCGUGUCGUCACCAGCACCGUCGAACAUUGGUGCUGGCCCCCCACCUACGACGGUACGGUUUGGUCUUGGUGGUGGCAAACCCUCGGCAGCGGCAUUACGCCGCGGACCCGGACGUCCUAAAAAAGAUUUCAUUCCCCUGCUGAAGAUGUCGUCCGGUGGCAACGCAAACUCCAGCGGUGCCGGUGCAUCCGGGUUCGGCAGCACGUCGACGAUGAUCAAGCUGAGUGGAGCUACGAUCGCGGCAGCCGCAUCGCUCGGUAGCACAUCGCCUUCAUCCGAGAGCAAAGUUGUGAAAAGUCCAAGAACCCCGUUUCCACUGCUUUCUAGAUAUAAGAGUACUAAUGUUGUUCGUGGUGGUAUCCCUAAAAGGAAAGUGGAGCUAGCUGCUAUUGCGAUGCUGGAUACCACCGUCGCCACCACCACCACCACCACUGCCACUGCUUCCAUCAGCAGCAGCAGCAGUACCACCGCUGGCAUCCGAAGUCCAUCGGGAAGUACCGCAAUAGUACCGCUCGCUUCGCCGAGCUCUGGCGGAGGAUUCGGUUCACUACUAUCCUCACCGAACGAUGAAGGUCUUGCGGCAGGAGGAGCGACGGGCGGUGGCGGUGCCAGCACUGCCAACAGCUCCGUAGCAUCAACGCCGACCGGUGAGAUGGAAACCGAUCCGGCGGCGGCCCUAUUAAUGCCCGCUCCCGACGAAAUGCCCUACUUUCCGGAAAAGUAUCCCGGCAAACUGUGCAUCCUGUGCAAUCUGGGCGAACGCAGCCAGCUCGGACAGGGCGAAAUGUUGCGCAUCGAGAUGACGCUGGCGGCGGAUCAGAUUGCGUCCGCACUGUCACAGGAGGAGAAGGCACAGACUGGACCGGGCGAUAGCUUCGGUGAUAAAAGCCCACGGACGGCUAGUUUGCUAGGACCACCGCAUUUGGGCAGCAGCAAGCGACAGAAAGGCUCAAACAAGUGCAAAAAUCCAAUACCAAACGCUGAGUAUACGGACGAGCUGGAAAAGAUUGGCCACCUAGAGGUGAUGGACAGCUCGAUAAAUGAUGGAGGAUAUUUUUACAUUCAUCGUAGCUGUGCGCUCUGGUCGUACGGGGUCGGUCGUGACCCAGUUAGCGGUACGUUGAGCAACCUGGAGGUCGUGGUGGUGCAGAGUCUUAGCAGAAGGUGUCACUUUUGCACACACUUCGGUGCCAGUUUGUCGUGUAAGAUGUCUUGCCCCAAAUGGUACCACUUUCCGUGUGUAGCUGCCUCCGGCGGAUUCCAGGUCAUACAGACGUACAGCAUCUUCUGCAAGGAACAUCUGGGACAAGUGCCUUUAGUGUGUACGGAGGACAUCAACUGCCGCCAGUGUUCGGCGCUCGGUGAUGUCGGCAAUCUGCUCAUGUGUUCAAUCUGUGGCGAUCACUACCACGGCACGUGCGUUGGUUUGGCACAGCUGCCCGGCGUCCGUACCGGGUGGCAGUGCAACUCCUGCAAAAAGUGCCAAAUUUGUCGUGUACCUGACUCGUCCGAGGGUCGCUCGGUGGCUUGUGAGCUGUGCGAUAAAAUUUACCAUGCCAACUGCCUUCGACCGAUCAUGACAUCUAUUCCGAAGCUCGGCUGGAAGUGCCGUUGUUGCCGCGUGUGUUCGGACUGUGGCGCUAGGACGCCGGGUGCGGGGGCGUCCUCACGAUGGCAUUCGCACUACACGGUGUGUGAUUCGUGCUACCAGCAGCGUAACAAAGGCUUUUCAUGUCCAAUAUGCCAUCGGGCGUAUCGGGCAGCGGCCCAUCGGGAAAUGGUGAAAUGUAGCGUGUGUUUCAAGUUCGUGCACAGUACGUGCGAUCCGGACGCGGACCUGUCGGCGUACAAUGCGAGGAAGGAAGCCAACCCAGACUACGAAUAUCUGUGCAGUCCUUGCAAAACGGUGAUCCAUAGUGGCCGAUUAGCGGCAGCCCUGCGUCGAAGCAGUCAAGUGGACGAGGACAGUAUGUCACUGUCGCAGGAAAGUCUAAACGACGACGCAAUGGAUGUUGAUGGGGCCGACGGGGCGCGUGAUGCGAUACGGGAGCGGCUCGAACGAACCGUCGGCUCAAUGGACGUUGGGCUCGGCAAAGGCAAACCAUACGUAGCGAGCAAAAUAGCAAAGAAACGGCUUGGGCUAUCGCUUAGCGGUGGUCUCGCUGGGAGCCGCCCGAAAGGGCUUGGGAAAGGAUUUCAGAAAAAGUCGCGCCUGGCGGACAUUACGCGUAAGCGCAGCUCGAAAGCGAAAAUGCGUGGCAUCUUCGGUGUGCCUGGGUUGGGAUUGCAACGCCCCACCGCGGAUCUGGCGCUGCCUGUGAAAGCGAACGAAGAGGAACCCGGUGGCGAAAAUCGGUUAGUACUGUGCUCGGCAAAGGAUAAGUUUGUGCUAACGCAGGACAUUUGUGUGAUGUGUGGUGCGAUCGGCACGGAUCAGGAGGGUUGCCUGAUUUCCUGCACACAGUGUGGCCAGUGUUACCAUCCGUACUGUACGAAUGUGAAGGUGACGAAGGUGAUUCUGCAAAAAGGUUGGCGCUGUUUGGAUUGUACGAUCUGUGAGGGAUGUGGACAGCGGCAUGACGAGGCACGGCUUAUACUGUGCGACGAUUGUGACAUUUCGUACCAUAUCUACUGCAUGGAUCCACCGCUGGAGCAUGUGCCGCAGGGUACGUGGAAGUGUAAGUGGUGUGCAAUGUGCCUUAAAUGCGGCGCCAACAGUCCCGGGUUUAACUGUGCCUGGAUGAACAGCUACACCGAGUGUGGUCCGUGCGCUAGUCAGAUGCAAUGCCCGUCGUGUUUCGAAGGUUACUCCGAGGGUGAGCUGAUCAUCCAGUGCCAUCAGUGCGAACGGUGGCUGCAUUGUGGCUGUGAUCAGAUCAAGAACGAGGCCGACGCGGAACGGUGUGCCGAGGAGGGUUACACGUGCAUGGCCUGUCGUCCGACAGAUCAACCUCCGCCGCAUCUGGUUCCGAAGCGGAAAUCGUCCACAACUGCACCCUUGCUGGCGGCGAAUGCGGCACCAAAUUCGAAAGCAAACGCCAAAACCGAGGAGAAAGUUAUUCCGCUAGCUCUGGAGGGUAACCACUAUUUGGAUGGCGUGUGUUUAAGCGAACAUGGCCAUAAUCAGAUAAAGGCGCUACAGGCCGAGUUUGGCAAGCGGGGCAAACGAAAACCGAAACUACCGCUCGAACCGCAAGCCACCGAAAAGGAUGCCGGCAUACUGGCGGCGAUCGAAUCGGUUGUCGCGGGCAGCAGUCACGACAAUUCGCUCGAAGAAAUGCGGCUCGAGCCGCUCGAUCCGAAAGAGGAAGCGGAAAUCUACAAAGACGGUAUGGUGUGGAACGAUCCCACGCCACCGGAAGGGUUCGCACUGUUCACCACGGAAAAUGGGACCGUAGUGCUGCGCAAGAAACGGCAGCGCAAUCUGCAAAAACUAGGCAUCGGUGGUUUCUUUGUGCGUAACCGGGGCAUACGAACGAAGGAUGGUAAGGACGAGGAGGAACUAGUGGAUGGGAUGGCGGAGGAUGGCGGCACCACGCCGGAUGGGUUGCCGGGAGCUGGAGUAGCGGGUGGAGGAAUAACCAAACCAAAGAAGAAGCCAAUCCGACGCAAACCGAAGAGCAAGCUGAUCGAAAUCUACCCCAGUAUUCUGCAGGAUGCGUUCUUCGGUCGGACGCUGCUCAACUCGAACAUGCCCCUGUUUGAGGCGCCGGCAAGCGAUGAUGACGUGCGGAGCGACGUUUCAGACGAUAAAACGGUGAAGCUAUCGGAAGAAGAGUUGAAGCUAUUCGAGGCUGUGAAGAGCAAGGAAGAAGAAACUGCCAGUCAAACUACUAAAGACCAUUCCGAGCAGCUGGGCGUGACAGGGAAGAGUCCUGCCAGUGUGACCUCGGUGCCGCAAAGCCUGGGAGCAGCUGCUCCGGCGUCACUAUCACAACCGCAGGUAGCCGUUAGUACUAACACAAGUGUAGCAACAUCGUCAUCCUCAUCGGCAGUGGUAAUGUCUUCCAACGGAUCGAACCCAGCCACGGUCAGCAACUUUACCGCCAAGGAUACUCCGAACGGUGUGCACGCAGGAUCAUCCACCACGGUCACCAAGAUGGAGGAAGACGACAACAGCGACACGGAAGCGUUGAACGAUGUGCUCGGAUUGCCGAACGAUUUAAUCGAGGAAGAUUUCGUUAGCCAGAUCGAGGAUGAGCUGAUCAAACAUUCAGCCGCAUUCGACGAGCUGACGACCGAUACGUUGGCAAAGUCGUCCAAAGAUGAGCUGGUAGAUAUGCUGAGCCCACACUUUGAUCUCACCAACAUCGACCAGAUGGACAGUAAGGUGGUGGAGGAAAUCUUCAAAACUGUCCUCACAGACGAAUCACAGGAAUCUCAGGAAUCCAUGCUGGCCAGCUCUAUGACCCCCUAUACGUCCAACACGUCGACACCCUCCCACAGUACCGAUGUGACGAAAAAGGCCGUCAACACCAGAUACAUUGCAGCGGGCGGACAGACGAUGGUAAAUGCUGGUCAACCGCAACAUGCUAUGCAAGAGCAGCUCCAAUCUCAACAGACUCCUCAACUGCAGGUUCCGCAACAGCGACCACUGCAGCAGCAGGUAGUGCUAUCGCAAACGAUACAGGCUCCAAACCAGCAGGGCCUCCUCUCCGAGCAGCAGCAGCAGCAACAGCAGCUUUCCCUCGGUGGCAUAAUGGGUGGUGUUCAACCGACGCCUCAGGCGGCACAGCAGAUGGCCAAUCCCAUGACCGUUAUGUCUCAGUCGCACAUAUCGCAAACUGGAAUUGGACAGUCAGCAUCCAUGGGUGGAGGACAGAUGAUGCUACAGCAGCAGCAGCAGCAGCAGCAACAGCAACAAUCUCAACUUCAACAAGGAAGUGGUGGUGUGAUGGCGACAGGCAUGAUGCAAGGACCAAACUUAGGUCCUGCAGGCACUCAACAACAGCAACAACCGCAAGCCAUGUCCAAUGCUUUCUCCAUAAUGUCAGUUCAGCAACAGCAGCAGCAGCAGCAGCAGCAACCUCAACAACAGCUGCCACUACCCGUCGGGACAGUGGGCGAUGCGAAUGCAGCAAAUCAGCAGCAGCAGCAACUUGCUCGAGGGUAUUUUUCUAAUGACUUCCAUCCGCACAGUACGAUGCUUGGUGGAUAUCAGGACCCGAAUCAAAAUCCUACGUCCGGCACAAUGGUGGUGCCACAAACACAAAUGCAACAGACGACUGGUCAGUGGUCGAAUCAAGCGAUGCAAUCGGUGCAACCCGGCGGUGCAACACCGAUGGACACCACACCGGUCGGAACGACGUCAGCCCUCCAGCAGCCGGUUGGCAUGGGUGCGGGAGCUGAAACGAUCGGACAGUUGGACGAGACGAAUGUGAAAAGUGCUCAGAAGCUGUCGGAAAAAAUGCGCAAGGACGAAAUGCUUGGAGAUAUGGCAACAAUUUCCUCGGUGUUAUACUGCAACAUGCGCCAUCCCGAGCUGAAAACGGAAUUCCCUAACUGGAAUGAUCGAUGGAAGCAAAUCAGCAAACGGUGGCGUUUGUUAUCGAACGAGGAGAAGCAACCGUUUCUGCAGCAAGCCCGCGACAACCGUUCCGCUAGCAAGAUGAAGAAAACGCAACAGAGAAAUAUGGUUAUGGUUCAUAUAUCUGCAACACUUCCCCAUCCCGAAUCGAUUCAGGUACCACAAUUAUCACCCAAAGAUGGCAAUAGCAAUAGUUCUGGUACGAUGAACAUUGUUGGCCCAUCGUCCGCAUCUUCUCCCUCUUGUUCCUCAUCAUCGAACAUAUCGGGAUCGCUAACCACGGAAACGGGUUCAAUGUUAAUCGGUUCGGACCAAACGGUGGCGGCUGGCGGUUUGGUUCAGCAGCAUCAAAUCAACAUCCAUCAUCAUCAUCAUCCGCAGCAGCAGCAGCAGCAGCAGCAGCAUCAGCAGCAACUACAGCAGCAAUCUCAGGGUGGUCAGCAACAGCAACAACCAGCAGCAUCCCUCGGACAGCAGCAGCAGCUGCUGCUACACGGCAACAACACGGCGCUACAGUCCCAACUACUUGAGGAUCAGGAUAAGAUAAAUGCACAGCAAAAAAGUAUGCGUGAAGCGGAACAGGAGCGGCAAUGGAAGCAGCUGCAGCAGCAACGAGCCCGAGAGCAGCAAUCGCAACAGCAUUUGCUUUUGCCUGAGCAAAGGAUGCAAGGAGACCCUACGAUGCAGCUGCAAGUGGCGACGGACGUUGGCACUGUCGGCGUUGGACCGAUGGCAAGUCCAUCGCCCAAUUCGCGCGGACCGUUCGUUUCGCCGGUUAGCAAAAAUCGCAUGGCUCCGGCAGUCGGAAGCAUGGGCAUGCAGGCACCGUCCAGUCCGGUGGCGGGUAACUUCCAACAUCCUAUGGGUAUGCCGGCCAGGGGUUUACCCGUACAAAUGCAGCAACAGCGACAAAUUCAGGGUCAGGUAGGCGGUCCGACGGUGCGAAUGCCUUUGAGCCCUUUUUCACCACAAUCGCAGCAGCCACAGUCGCCACAUGACAUGAUGCCGGAAUCUCCCGCAAGCCAGCAUUCCGGCAUGGAUCCAUUCGUGCGGCCACCAUCGGAAGGAAUGUCGGAUACGUACGCAGUGCAUCAUUCGCCCCAAACGCCUCGUCCGUUGGGACAUCAAAGUCCGGUUGCGUCCGGUACGAACCGAAGUCCCGCAUACUCUGGCCCUCAACUGGCUCAGAAUUCAGCCAAUGCUCCACAGGGUAUGCGUAUUAAUACGAUAGAUUCUGGCUAUCCUGGAGGUGCACCGGGCACGCCCAGACCUCAAUUUUCCACUGGAACAUCAAGGCCAACGGUGUACGCGCGUCCCAGCGAGCUGUUCAAUCUUAUGCAAAACUCUCCGUUUGCUUCACCGCGCUCGGAAGGGUUUGCGCAAUCACCGCAGGAAGGUAAUCGGCAGCUACGUGAUUUGUUGCAACGGCAACAGCUUCCGGCCCCGAACAAUCCGGUCAGUGGACCAGGUGCUGUCGGUGGGAACUUAAUGCAGCAGACCGGUGCGCAACAAUCGCCACAAGGAUCAGUUCAAUCUCCAGGAGGAUUUAUGGAUGAUCAACAACACCAGCUGCAGCAGCAGCAGCAACAACAGCAGCAACAGCAGCAACAGCAGCAAAACCAACAACAGCAACAAGCACAACAGUCAUCUCAGAUGCAACAUCAACAAUCACAGCUGCAACAGCAACAGCAGCCAGGAAUAGUACAAACCCAGGGAACGGUGAUGCCUUCGAGCCCUACGGACAUGGGCACAUUCAGACAACCGUUGCCACCGAACAUGAUGGCACGUCCGCGCAUGCCAGGAACAAUGAUACGCCCAUCGGGCAACAUUGUCCUGGGAGCGAAUAAUCAAAUACUAGUACGUCAACAGAUUGUGCGCACCGCCGGCACUAAUCAAAUGGUAAUAACACAGCAAGGUAUGUUACAGCAGCAGCAGCAGCAGAACCAGCAAUCCGGUCAAAUAUUGCGUCAACGCAUGCAACUUGUUGGUCAGGCUGGAUCCAAUGCACCUGAUGGAACACAAUUUGUAGCACCGAAUGGCCAGCUAAUUAAUGCCCAACAACAGCUGCAGCAGCAACAGCAACAGCAGCAGCAACAAAUGUUGAAUCAACAACAACAACAACAGUCUCAAGUGCUAACCUCUUCCCAAACUGAUCAGCAAAAUAUUGCCCUGCUAGCGCAAAGGCUGGCGGGCGAAGGUGAAGCUCACGUGCCUUCGCAAAACAUUGCCCGUGGUUCGCAAACGCCACAACAGCAGCAGCAGCAGCAGCAGCAAAGUCAGCAACAACCCCCGGCUACAAGCGGCGGUCCUCAACCGGAAGGAGCGUCGGAAAUUCCCGACAGCGUAAGUGCCGAGCUGGAAAAGCUCGAGCAGGAAGACAAUACCGGCAUGGGGGAGGUGGAAGGUGUUGGUGAUCUGCUGGGCGAGCUGGACGAUGAUGAUGCGGAGCUGUUGGAUUCGCUGACCGCCGAAAUGGGCGAUCACUUCAACAUUCUUGAGUAUGCCGAUCCCGAGCUCGAUACAACCGAUGGCGAAAAGUCCAACCUGCUCGAUAGCCUCGAGCUGGACGACGAGGCAAAGGAUGGCGAUGCGAAGGCAAGACAGAAACAGGGUGAAAAUGUUGAUGCCACGUUUGAGAAGAGUGAAGACCCAAACAAACAGACCGUCGGACCAACGGGACAAAGAGUUGCGCAGCAGCAGCAGCAGGACCUUGCAAACAUGGGAGCCGGUGGGCAAAACGCUAUGCAGAACAGCCAGAACUUUACCCCUGCACAGGGCCAGAUGCUGCAGCAGCAACAGUUUGGACAGCAGCAAAUGCUUGCUGGUGGCGGUGGUGGUGGCCCUCAGCAGAAGCUGUCUGCGGUGGCGGGUAACCAAAUGAAAACGGUGCGACCGAACGUGAUGGGGCAACCCUCGAUGCAACAAAUGCAGCAGCAGCAGCAACAGUCACAACAAGGUGUCGUUGUCGGACAAAAUACGAUGGUUGCAGGCCCUCGGAUGAUGACAGCUGAUGGAACAGGCACUAUGAAAACUGGCUUCAUGAAUCAGCAGCAGCGAUUGCAACAGUUAAAACAGCUCGGAUCGAAUGGUGGUGGUGGUGGUGGCGGGUUGGUGCAGAACAUCAUACCGACCGGCCAACCAAGGAUGCAAAUACAGCAAAUGGCGGGUGGUAACAGGAUCAUACAAACGUCCGCCAACCUGCCAAUGCAGCCGCAGCAACCGCAACAUCAGCAACAGCAGAUCAACACAGGAAUGGCAAUGCAGCAUCAGCAACAGCUGCAGGUGCAAGGUGUGCAGCAGCAGCAACAGCAGCAGACUGUGCCUGCUGCUGCUGUAGGUCAACCACCGCCUCCACCAUAUCCGGAACCGCCUCCACCGUACCCUGGCAAUCAAUCCGGGCAAAACGUACCGAUCGGUGGCAAUCAUCCAAUGCAGGAGCAGCGUCUUUUGCUGGAAGAUAUGGUCGAACAAGAGAAGCGGGAGCAGGCCAACCAAAUGCAACAUGCCGGUGAGCUGCCAUCAAAUCAAGGAAUGAUGAACGAUCAGGAUUAUGAUCGAUUGCUAAACAAUCAGCAAGGCGUUGGCCGUCCACUGCAGCAGCAGCAGCAGCAGCAGCAAUCGGGUAUGAUUGCUGCUCAGCAAAACCAACCUCAGCAGCUCGCCCAGUCAACCCCGGUUAUGCACCAACAGCAGCUGCAAAUGCAGUCGCCAACCAGUGGUCAGUUUAUGAUGCAACAGCAGCCACAACGAAUGACUACCCAAUGGCGUCCGCUAACAACAGCGCAGCCAACGCCGAACGUCGGUGUCAACGGGAUGGGACAGCAACAAACACAACUGGCGGGCGGUGGUCUUAUUAAUCAGAUACCAAAAAAUACGACCGUCGCAAUGACAACCGUUCCUUCGCCAUCAGCUGCCAUAACGACCGCCGGCACGCCACAAACCGAUCCAUCGGGCAAUAAAUCGAUUCCACUGUUUCAAGCGAACUUGCAACCACCGCCACCGCAACCACCGGAAACGAUCAGCACCGAGCAGGACCGCCUGUUGCAGAUAAAUUACGAAAAUUGGCUAAACCAGCAGAAUACCGUGCUGUCCAACCAGCUAAAAUACUACGAAACGGAAAUAGUGAAACUGCGCAAGGUGAAGAAACAGCUCAACACCAAACAGCGCCACCUGCGCAAACAGGGCAACGAGCUGACGGAGAAUGAUGCGAAGGAGCUGCAGAAAAUCACUGCGGAUCACACCAUCAUACAAAAGCAGCUGGAGAACGCUCGCCGCCAGCAAAGGCAGCAUUCGGUGAUACUGCAGGAGUACAAAUCGAAGCAUCAGUCAAGCAAACCGGCCACGUCCGGUUCGACCACACCGGUUGGGGUUGCGCCGGGCAGCUCGCCCGCACAGUCGCUCAUAGCACCACCGUCCCCGCUAAUGUCACCUUCGCCUAGCUCCCAGCAAGGGCCACUCUAUCAUCCUCCGGUACAGUCACCGUUGAGCAACCCUAUCCUGCAGCCCAACCAAAGCCCACUGCACUCGCCCAGCCCGCUGCUUUCUCACAGCCCGGGCCCGGCAAGCGUAAACUCGUCCGUACUGCAAAGCCCUGGCGGCAAUCAUACGAACUCGAACAGUGCCAUGUCACCGUACAGCACGAUGCAACCUUCACCCCGCAUCGGAACGCCACACUCGCAGAUUGACGAAAAUCCAUUCAGUCCCGGUCCGGGUGGUCCUUCGCCGUCGCCCUCGUUGCCGGGGCGGCUUACGUCGCCGGCACCCCGUAUGACCUCACCGCAGCACCGUAUGGCCGGGCAGCAGAUGGUGGUUGGUGGUGCAGGCCGCAUGAUACCCAGCCCUGGCAAUCAAUUCAACCAGCAGGGUAUGAUGAUGCAAAACGCAAUGAUGAACACACAAAUGCCACAGCAACAGCAACAACAGCAGAUGCAGCAGCAGCAGCAGCAACAACAGCAAAUGCAGCAAACACGUUUUGUAAGACCGCAAACCAUACCAAACGAUCCGAGUGUGCGGAUGCGUGUUGCGAAUAGUAUUCAAAUACAGCAGCAGCAGCAGCAACAACAACAGCUGCAACAACAGCAAAUGAUGGUGCAAAACCCCAGCAUUCGUCAAGUACAACCAGGCGCCGUUGGAACGGCUGGCUAUAAUUCUCCAUUGGGUAGCCCACAGCCGAUCAUGUCACCGGGUGGAAGCAACAGCAUGAAUCAACAACAGCAACAACCGAUGCAACAACAACAAACACAACAACCGAUGGAUCCACGCACAAUGCAGUUCCUGCAGCAGCAACAACGUAUGCAGCAAAUCCAACAGCAACGUCAACAGAUGCUGCAACAACAGCAGCAACAGCAACAACAGCAGCAGCAGCAACAGUCACCGCAACAUGGUGGUUCGUCAGCUGGUGCAAUGAUGCAUCAACAACAACCGAACCAACAACAGAUGCAACUAAUCCAGCAACAACAGCAGCAGCAACUACAGAUGCAACAAAUGCAGCAGCAGCAACAGCAACAACAACAGCAGCAGCAGCAGAUGAAUUAUGCAAAGCAAAGUCCGAUUCAUCAACAGCCACCUUCACCGCUGUUGAGCCACGGUGGUGGUAAUACACCCACCUCCUCACCAAUGCCGCAAAGCCCGAUGAUGUACUACAGCCAACAGCAACCACAGCAACAGCAACAGCAACAGCAACCGCAACAACCACAGCAACAAAUGCAGCAACAACUAAUGCGCCAGCAAUCCAUGGUGAAUUGUGAAAGCUAUCCCAAUGCAGGAGUAGGAGGAGGAGGUGGUGGAGGAGUAGGAGGAGGCGGUGGAGGAGGUGGUAUGAACCACGCUUCGAAUCCUAUCCCUCUUCCGUUCGGAAAGUUCGGCUACAUCAAGCUCGGUCUGCGUGGUGGCUCGCCAAUGUGGGGUAAUGCCCGGGGGAAUAAGCGUGCCAAUCCUGUCGCACAGUUUCAGCAGCAACAGCUACAGAAGCAGCAACAGUUGCAAAAGCAGCAGCAGCAGCAGCAACAGCAACAGUCUGCCAGUGGAAGCGCUGGAACAUCUGGGACACGAGCCCCACAACAGCAAACCACAAUAGGUGCGUCCGAGGUGAGAAAGCAACCGGUCAACGCGCCCGGUGCCUUUAUUCAGCACCGGAACCGUAUCACUAUCGUACAAAAACCAAACCAAGGAAGUGUCGCAACGUUGAAUGCUGUCACGCUGAAACCGGUCGGCACGGAUGUGGCGGUAAAUAGUGCCAACACCAGCAGUCCCACUGUGGAUGAGAUCGUCAUCAUUGACAGCAGUCCGGACGAGAAGCAGCAACGAUUGCUCGACUACGACGACGAUAACGAUAAGGCGUUGGUCGGUACGGAAGUGUCGCUCAACUCUGUUGCGCAGCACGGUGUCGAUGGGGACGAAGCAAUGAUGGAACCGUUCGGAACCGGGCCGCCAUCGUCGGGGUACGAAAUCGUUGGAAGUCCGCUCGAUUCACAGAUAGCCGCUGGUGAAUACAAUCUCUUCUCGGACGAUGUGGUUGAGUGUGUGGAUAGUGAGGAUGUGGUAGCUGGUGGUAGCAAGAAGGACGCCCGAACGGUGGCGGUGGAGUUGUUGAUGGACGCGGUCGACAGCAGCUCCAAGGAUAAACCGUUGCUGGGAAGCUCGGAAAUCGAGAUUGUCGAAAGCUUGGACGAGAGCAGCAUCGGCACGACGGCGGAAGAUUUCGAAGCGAUGAUCGACAGUCGGCCAAAGGAAGGUACACCGCCGGCCGUUGCUGUGGCGGAUGUUCAAGGCGCGCUCAAGACCGAUACCACCGGCACGAGAAAAGAGGACAAGGUUGUGGAAAAAACCGCUACCACGCCCAAGAAAGAAGUGACGGUGGUCACAGUGCAGCAGCAGCAGCAGCAGCAAAACGCAAAACCAAUACCUUACCCGACUGCACGCAUUGCCAUCCAGCAAUCGUUGAUGCAGAACGUCACAUCCACCCGUCCGAUUGUUGCAGCCGCACACCAACGGCUGGUAAAGGAUGCAACCGAAUCGACAGCAAAACUGUCCAUCGGCAACACCACCAUCUCGGUGCCGAUACUGAAAAGCUUCCCGAUGUCGGGGACACCUUCCAAGGCGGGUGGCACGGAGCAGAACGUUGUCAGCAAGGCGGGCACGCUUGCAACACACUCGAAGAAGAUACUCAACACGUCGGGCGGGCUGUCGAUUAGCAACAUUUCCAAAAAUCCAUCCGGCGGUACGGUGAUUGCUGUGGCGGGACAAAAAAUUAACACCACCAGCAUUGUAACGCUUUCCUCGCUGAACCUCAACCAAUCGUCCUCGUUCAUAACGAAAACGUUUGCACGGCCCGGCGGCGCGUUAACGAUACAGCAGCAAAAGCAGCUUCCCGUUGGUUCGCAGAUCAAAAUUCAGCCAAGCCAGGCAGCAGGAGGGCUUCCACAGCAGCAACAGGCUGCCACAACCACCGGUACCAGCUCGGCCACUACUACAGCUGGAGCAGGCAUGACAUUCGGUGUAGCACAAGCCACUUCACAGCAGCAAAUCGAGGGCAUCGUUGUAAAGACAGCCGCCAAACCUAAAGCAUCGGCUGGCUCACCGAGUCUUAGCUACGCCAAGCUAUCCGCCCUUACCGUAACGCAAGAUGCAUCGCUGCCGACUAAAAUCUUCGAAGACGAUUCCAUCUCUCCCGACAGUUCGAUCAGCCAGGAAGAUACGGACCAGCUACCGCUCGAUGCGAAAGCCGAACUUCCAGCUACAAACCUGGAAGAGACAACCGUGCAAAAGCAAUCGAAUGCUGCUGCCGAGUCAGUAGGACAGCAAAGUCAGGACAAUGCGUCAACCGCGGAAGCGAACCAAAGCUCGGAUCCGACUAGCGGCAAGGCCAAACAGAACAUCAUACCGAUGCAUGUGAUAGCUCGAUCGCGCGAAAACUCACGCAGCCCCAUUUUGACGGCAGCUACGGGGCAACGAAUAGUUUCCUCGAUGCCCCAGCUCUCACCACUGUCGCAACCCAACGAGCUAACGCUGAACGCGAUGAACGUAUCGCAACAGGUCCGCUCGAUCAUGUCCUCGAUAAGCGUAUCGAGUGCGGCGAAUGUAACCGUCAGCAGUGCCGCCGGAACACCGAGCGUUGUACUGUCCGUCGCACCGUCCGUCCUGACGACGACAUCCGCCAGCGGUGCUACGUCGAACGCACCGACAAUCGCUUCCAGCAACAUAUCCACCAUCACGUUCGAUACAAUCCUGCCAUCGAAGGGCGACAACAUGAGCAAAACGGAAACUAUCGCCAGCAUACUGAAAACGGUGUCGGGCAAAACGAUACUGCCGGCGGCGGCGAUCGCAAACAAUUCGAAUCUGAUAAAAACGGCCGAACAGAGCAGCGGUGGCCCGUCGCUACCGUCGACAACCAUCACGCAAAUACCGAGCGCCAAGCUGAUCCCGCAGCAGGUACAGUUGAGUCGGCUGCCGCAAACGAUCGGCAGUGGGAACAGUAACUUCCUGGUCGUGAAACAGCUGCGACCACCGAACAAGCAGCCGGGUCAGAAUCACACCCAGAAGCAGCUGGUGGUGCUUACGCAGCAGUCACAGGGCGGGCAACAGAUUAAGCUACAAUCGCACCAAGCGCAACAGCUGGCGGCCGGCAACAGUGUCAUCAUACAGAGUCAGCCUGGUGGCGCGGGGGGCGGUAGUUUUGUGAAGAUAUCGGCCACCCCUACCAUUGUGUCUAUGGGUGAGCCAACGAGCAAGUCCAUCACGACAACAACAACGGUCGAUACCAGCAGUACCAGCGGAAUUGCCACUAUACUCAGCAAUGCAAACCAGCAGCAGCAGCAGCAGCAGCAGCAACAGAAAACACUGACUACAUCACAGCAGCAACAGCAGAUACAAAGUUCCGCAGGGCAGCAGAUAAUGUGCACCGGCCAAGGCCAGACGCGCAUAGUGAACCUAGGCACUGUGGUGGCCACCGAUCAUACCAAAUCGAUCGUAAUGAGCACAUCACGUGCUGCCACCAUAACCAGUAUUAACGUAACUUCAACUACGGCGACGCCAGUGGCCAGCAUACUAAGCGCCACACUGUCGCAGCCGCUCAUAAAAAGCAGCAGCCAGAUGCCAUCAUCCAUCACCACACUGCUACAGAAUCAGCUGCAAAGUGCCGCUUCGUUCCGUCGCUCGAAAUCCACCGACGAAGCUCCGGCCCAUGCGCACGGUCGAGAAACUGCGGCGCAGAUAUUGGGCAAGCGGCUGAGCCUGGAGGCUACCAAUGUCGUCAAAAGCGAACCCAUCGACAGCGCGUCGGAUGAUGCCAGCGUUAGCUCCACAUCGAAACCGGAAACAUCUGGCAGUGGCAACACCACCAGCAGCAGCAGCAGCACCAGCAACAGUGCUGGAUGUAAAUUCUCCACCAUGCCAUCCUCCGCUGGGUCCGGGUCCGCCAAAUCGGAAGAUUCACAGAACGUGCUCCUAAAGCAACUGCUGCAAAAUAGUGGAGGUUCAUCCAAUGCGUCCGUAUCAUCGCCGGCUCCAUCGCCGCUAGGGCGCGCCGUACCGAGUCUCAUAACUAGCCAGCGAGCACCGAGCUUGGGUGUCGUCAGUUCACUGGAAGCACAGCUCGCGCGGCCAGUAAUUCCACCUUCGGCGAACCCGCCAGCGAUACAGAUCAUCAGCACGCAGGCCAUCCCGGCGAUCGCUGCAACGAUCACCUCAAUCUCUUCGUCCGCCGCAUCCUCCACGACUUCUGCAACAGUGACGAAUGCCUUGUCGACGAAUGCUUCCAUCACUAUGUCCACCGGUACAGCCACACUGACAACGGCCACCAGCAGCGGGGCCAGUGUCAGCAGCAACAGCUCCACGGCAGAAGCGACGAAAACGAAACUGAUCUCACGCGAAACUUCCUUCGUAUCGAAACCGCCUGCCGGGGGGAUAUCGUCUAGCCAUCCGACACCGAACCUAGCCGCUAACAUGCUUGCGGCGAGCAUUAAGAAGGAGGAAAUGAUGCAGGCAGCAGCGGCGGCGGCGGCAGCGGGUGGUGGGUUCGCUGCAGGCGGCGGUGCCGUACCGGGGACAGUUGCGCUUGGGACGUUAAAAAUCGAAUCCGGAUCAAUCACCGUGACUCCGAUACAAACGUCACAGCCCGGCACUGUGACGGCGGUGGCCCAGCAAAUGCAGACGCCAGCAAAAUCUUCUGCCUCACAGCAACAACCAAUUAAUUCGCAGCCGGUUCAACAACUGCAAGGCAAUCAACUGCCGACCAAAGUUCCAGUGGUGAGUUCUGCCUCGAAUGUGGCUGAUGCAAACAUUACCAUCAUUAAGCGCGAACCUGUGACAACGCAGACUACUUCCACCGUUGCACCGGCACUGCAGACGGGUAUCAGUGUGACUGUCACGGCUAAGAAUGUCAGCGCAGAGGAACAGAAACGAUUCGCGCCGAGUCCGGUCCAGCAAGGCGGAGAAACAACCAUCGUGCGAACACCAACACCAACACCCACUUCCAGCUCGACGCAGCAAACCGCGAAGCCGUCGGCCGUCCCAUCGAGAUCAGAUACACCGGUGGAAGUGAAGAAGGAGUUGGAAUUAUCGUUAGGCAAUAGCUCUAUAUCAGUGGCGUCUACCUCCACCUCCACUACGGCUAGCACAACCACCAGUUCGGUUGUUGCGUCGCUUACAAGCUCAACGAUGGGGCCACCGUCUGCGCCAACCGCAACGUCCCAAACAACACCACCAAUAAAAUCGCCUCUGCCCACCACCACCACCAGUAGCGCGGAGUUGGUUGCGCCGGCAAGUGUCUCACCGUCGCUAGCUAGAACCAUCGAAAGCGGACCCUCGCCGGUGUUGGGCAGCGGCGCAAUUAAGGAGGAACCCAUCGAUAGCAUUUCGGCCGAACAGGCAGCUAAAAAGGCAGCCGAGCUAGCGCUCGAACUCAAGAAGAAAAAGCGCCGCGAGUAUCAGAAGAAUCGCCGCCAAAUGCAGAUCCAAUCGAACAAAGACAACCAGCACAGUCAGGCGAAGAAGAAGCCGAAAAAAUCCGUCAAGAUCGAGGAAGACUACGACACGUGCAUCGACAACUUGAUGGGACAGCUGCGGCAGCUACCACCGAUGCAGAUACUGGAACCGCAGCUGCCCCGCAACUAUGGCGUCUGCUCAGUGUUCGGUACCGGCGAUCUGUCCAAGUUUACCAACCUCAAGGGUUAUUCGAUAGCGUGCGGUGAUCUGGCGGGUUGCUACGGCGAUGCGCACAUCCCAUCCGUUGCCGACUUUUACAACACGAAACCGUUCGGCGUAAAGGAUCCACCGCCGGAACCUACGCCCGUUUCGAUCCAUCGUGGGUUCUACGAUCAGGAGUUUGCGCCGAUCAAGUUCGAGAUGGAGGAGCGGCAGCGGUACGAGUUUGUGCGCGAUCGGGAGCUAGAUUCGCCCGACACGAUCAUCAGCACGUCGAGCCCGGAGUGCGUACGCUGGGAUUCGCCGAUCACCUUUCCGGGCUUGCGCCUGAUCAAGGAGGAACCGAGCGAGGACGAUCAGACGACCGUGUACAGGCAGAUGUCACCCGUGAUUCCCAUACUGGCGCCGGUUCCUAUACGGCUGCGCAAGGGCAUCACGCUGUCCGCCGACGCGGUACGUGCCAAUGGGACCGCGAAUAUCGCCGACAGCAACAAGGAGAAUGAAGGGUUCCGGGAAACUCUGGGCCUCAAGUCACGCUUCGGACCGCCGACACCGCUCAAGGACACGAGCAAUGUGACGGUCACGCUGACGCUAGCCUCCUCAGCGGUGGACGACAUUUUCGGUGUAUUGCGCGAUCUAGCCAACAUGCUGGAGAUUCCGCCACCGACCACGUACCAGAUAGUGGAGCGCACGCUAUCGCCAACCAGUCAAAAGCUUGGCCUGUACCGUACGAAAGGUCGAGACGGUAAGGAGGGUGCGCCGAUCGACAUCCAGACCAUCCUGAAUGGGUCGGCCCGUUUCUGCCGGCACUGCGAUGUGGUGAUACUGAGCAACAUAAUCAUCGCAAAGGCGUCCGAGUUUCCGCUGCUCGCUGCCGGCAGUGGUGACGGUGGGGCGCAAGCUUUGGAAUCCGAGGAGCUGUACUUCUGCGACGAACAGUGCUACCGGCAGUUCCGGUGCUGUCCAACCAACAUCCUGGACGAGAGUGGACGAAGCAUUGCAGCUUCACCGUCCGGCGGUGAGAGUGUCGUCACGCUCAACCACAAACCAGACGCGAACGUAUCGAACACUGAAACCACAGCCGUUCCGGAGGGCGGCGGAGGGGUCGUGGAAAUCAAGCAGGAAGUGUUGGAUGAUGUAGAGAUGGAGGAAGGCAUGAAAGAGUCGCCGCUCGGCAGCGGAGAUCGUAAGAAGAAGCAUCCGGACGACGGUGUGGCCAAAGACGUACAGUCGGGUGCACCGCCGCCCAAACAAAUGAAGGGCGUCCGGUACAAGGUGUACACGCCGAACUGUUUCGGCGUGCAGCGUUUCAAGAAGCCGAGCGAGAAGGAAAUCACCGAAACACUGUUCCGCAUGAGCAUCACGGUGACGCCCGCGCCCAAGAUGCCGGACGACACCCGGCGCUGCAUCUUCUGCCACACGGUCGGCGACGGCGUAGCGGACGGACCUUCGCGGCUGCUCAACUACGACGUGGACAAGUGGGUCCACCUCAACUGUGCGCUCUGGUCGGACGGGGUGUACGAAACGGUGAACGGCGCGCUGAUGAACCUGGAAAAUGCUCUCCAGCAAAGCCUGACGUCGGUGUGCGCGUUCUGCAACAAUCUGGGCGCCACGGUCAAGUGCUUCAAGACGCGCUGCGCCAACGUGUACCAUCUGAGCUGUGCGAUGAAGGAUAGCUGCGUGUUCUACAAAAACAAGUCCACCAUGUGCCAGACGCACGCGCCAAAGACGGAGAAGGAUUCGGAGCUUACCACGCUCAGCGUCCAGCGGCGGGUGUAUGUCGAGCGGGAUGAAAGCCGGCAGGUGGCGUCCGUCAUGCAUCACUCGGAAUCGAACAACUUGCUGCGCGUGGGUAGCUUGAUCUUCCUGAACGUGGGCCAGCUACUGCCGCACCAGCUGCAGAGCUUCCACACGCCGAACUACAUCUAUCCGAUCGGCUACAAAAUAAUUCGCUUCUACUGGUCAAUGCGCCGUCCGAAUAAGCGCUGCCGGUACAUAUGCUCGAUCGCCGACGUUUGCGGACGUCCCGAGUUUCGCGUGCUGGUGCAGGAAUCGGCCGAGGAAGAUAUAGAGCUGCGAGACGCAACACCGAAAGCCGUCUGGCAGCGUAUCCUCGAACCGAUGGCACAGCUUCGAAAGAACUGCCAUAUUGUGCAGCUCUUCCCAAGGUACAUCUCGGGCGAAGAUUUGUUCGGUCUAACCGAGCCGGCCGUCGUGCGCAUACUGGAAAGUUUGCCCGGCAUCGAAACGCUCACCGACUACCGCUUCAAGUAUGGUCGCAAUCCACUGCUGGAGCUGCCGCUCGCGAUCAACCCGUCCGGUGCGGCACGUACCGAGCCGAAGCUAAAGCACUCGCUGUCGUGGAAGAAACCGCACACACAGCGCACCGGGUCGGUCAGCCAGCGGCCAACGUUCGUGCCGACCAGCUCGCCGGCGGGCGAGGUCGCCUGUCCGUACAGCAAGCAGUUCGUGCACUCGAAGAGCUCCCAGUACAAGAAGAUGAAGCAGGAAUGGCGCAACAAUGUGUUUCUGGCGCGUUCCAAGAUCCAGGGGCUUGGAUUGUACGCGGCACGCGAUCUGGAGAAACACACCAUGGUGAUAGAGUACAUCGGGGAGGUGAUACGAACCGAGGUGUCGGAGUUGCGCGAAAAGCAGUACGAAGCAAGGAAUCGCGGAAUCUACAUGUUCCGGCUGGACGAAGAGCGCGUGGUCGAUGCAACGCUCAGCGGUGGUCUGGCGCGAUACAUCAAUCACUCCUGCAACCCGAACUGCGUGACGGAAAUCGUCGAAGUUGAUCGCGAGCUGCGCAUCAUCAUCUUCGCGAAAAGGCGCAUCAACCGCGGGGAAGAGCUGUCCUACGAUUACAAGUUCGACAUCGAGGACGAUGCGCACAAGAUAUCGUGCAUGUGCGGUGCGCCGAACUGCAAGAAAUGGAUGAACUAAAUGUACAUCCGGCCGGCACUAGACAUUGUGUGGACGAGAGCGAGUGAGAGAGAGAAAGAGAGAGAGGCGGAGAGAGAGAGAGAGCGAGAGAGAAAGAAAAGCAAGCGUAGGCGGCGGCCGCGUUGUGCGCAAGCAGUGUUUACACGUGCAGCGUCUGCAUUUUUACACCAUGUUACCUCGUCAUCAUUGCAGUUGUAUGUAAUUUAUGUGUGCGGGUUGAGAAGAGAAGGUUUUGGGGCGAGCAAUCCCCUAGCGCCGUUUGAUUCCGAUGGCAGAGGAGGCUCUUUCCGCCUUUUGCUCGAGCUCCGAUUCUGUUUAUUUGAGUAUUAGCGUUUGUUAGGAUUGUGAAUUUAGACAAAACUUUAGCUUGCUAUGAUUUUCCCCAUUUUUUUUUUUGACAUUAUUUAGAGCGAAACCACAAACAAAAAUGAUAGACAAGUUCUGCAGCAAAACCGAGUAGGCCACAGCGGCAGCAGCAGCAGCAAUAUUAUAAACACAGAACUGUGUGUGCGUGUGUGAGUGUGCAAGUGAGAACGUGUGCGUGUGUUGUGUAUGUAUGGAUGCGUGUGUUUGUACCUUUGAAUAUUUCUUUGUUAAAACAACAGUACGAGCGUCAUCGUGUUUAGGAGAAGAGCGAGAGAGAGAGAGAGACAUAGCUUUUAGAAAAAGCGAUUGGUGAAACCUAGUGUUGUAAUGUUGGUAUAGUAGUGUGGGAAUGCUGCGGAGAAAGUUUACGAUUACGAUAAGUGAAUAGAACAAUAAGGUGAUAGUGUUAGUAAUGAAAGGCAGCAAAGGGAGCGCAGUUAUUUUAAUGACCAUGUUACAGCAUCACGCACGUUAACGGAUACACUCUUGACCCUUUCUUCCCCUUGCUUCGACGAAGGCAGGCGAAAACAUUAGGAUCAAAGGUAAUAUAUAUACACUCACAAACAAAACGUAGAUAUAUACAUAGAUAAGAAUCGUGCAUGUGGCUGCGCAGAAAGUAUAUAUAUAUUAUAUAUACCUACAUAUAUGAAUAUAUAAAUAUAUAUUUUCGGACGAUUAUUUUAGCAGCAUAUUUUGCUAUAUACAAGAAAAAAAACCAAUGUCGAACAAAAGGAGCAAAGGAGGGUGCAAUGUGUGCAGCACAGAACAGCAGAGAGCGAGAGAGAUUAAGUAACAAAAUACCUUUAAUAAGGCUUCAGUUAUAAAUCGUACGUCGGGCGAGCAACCAUUUCAGAAAUGUGUAGUAGGGACAUUCAAAAGCUGGCACAAACAUUGUGGAGCCUUGCUCAACCGGCAGGUGACUUUGAGGCUCGCGGAUCCCUUUAAUUUCAUCUCCUUUUUCUACAUACACACACACACACACACACAUUACUACACAUGUUACUAGGCGGAUAAGCAAUAGGAUGGGCUCUUGAUAGGAGUAGGAACAAAUAGGUAACCAACAGAACGAUGCUGAUGGUGAAAUGUGUACUAAAAUUAUGCAAAUUAAUAUAAUGAUCACAAAAACACA